GAAAGAUCCUCAUGGGUUUUUUGCUUUUCCAGUCACGGAUGCCAUCGCUCCUGGAUAUUCCAUGAUAAUAAAGCACCCCAUGGAUUUUGGUACCAUGAAGGAAAAAAUUGCAGCAAAUGAAUACAAAUCAGUCACUGAAUUCAAGGCAGAUUUUAAACUGAUGUGUGAUAAUGCAAUGACUUACAACAGACCGGAUACUGUUUACUACAAGCUAGCUAAGAAGAUACUGCACACGGGCUUUAAGAUGAUGAGCAAAGAACGGCUGUUAGCUUUGAAGCGCAGCAUGUCGUUUAUGCAGGACAUGGAUUUUUCUCAGCAGGCAGCUCUUUUGGGUGAUGAAGACACAGCUGUUGAGGAACCUGUUCCUGAAGUUGUUCCUGUACAAGCAGAGACUACAAAGAAAUCCAAAAAGCAAAAUAAAGAAGUUAUUAGUUGCAUGUUUGAACCUGAGGGAAAUGCGUGCAGCCUGACGGACAGCACAGCUGAAGAACAUGUGCUGGCACUAGUGGAACAUGCAGCAGAUGAAGCUCGGGAUAGGAUCAAUCGAUAUCUACCCAACAGCAAGAUUGGUUACCUGAAAAAAAACGGAGACGGAACUUUGUUGUUUAGUGUAGUAAAUUCAUCCGAUCCAGAAGCAGAAGAGGAAGAGACUCACCCAGUGGAUCUGAGUUCACUGUCAAGCAAAUUAUUACCUGGCUUCACUACACUGGGCUUUAAAGAUGAACGAAGAAAUAAAGUAACCUUUCUUGCAAGUGCUAGUACAGCACCUUCCAUGCAAAACAACUCCAUAUUUCAUGAUCUGAAACCAGAUGAAAUGGAACUCCUGUACUCAGCAUAUGGUGAUGAAACUGGGAUACAGUGUGCCUUAAGCUUACAAGAAUUUGUGAAGGAUGCUGGAAAUUACAGCAAGAAAAUAGUAGAUGAUCUUCUGGACCAGAUCACGAGUGGAGAUCAUUCCAAAACUAUUUAUCAGCUAAAGCAGAGGCGAAACAUCCCAGUAAAACCACUGGAUGAAGUUAAAGUUCUGCCCGUUCUCAUAAAAGAAGAACACAAGUUGCGGAAUACCUGCCCGGAUUCUUCCAAACAGAUUAUGGUUGGAGAAUCUGCUGGAGACAGUAACACUUCUGACUUGGACUUCCUCUCUAUGAAACCGUAUUCAGAUGUAUCUCUUGAUAUUUCUAUGUUAAGUUCGUUAG